GCUGCGCGAGUCAACAGGGCACUCAAGAUGAGCCCUAAAGUGUCGGGGCCGGGUUCUGCCGGGAACCGGCCGGGACCCGGGGAUCCCGCGGCAGUAGCCGCAGCUCCUCUACCCGCAACCAAUCCGGCUCCGGAGCCCUCUGCAGUGCCUGAACCCGCCUUUGCGCUAGCACCCGCGACCAGAGAGAGAGCAGGAUCCGGUUCCGCAGCCGUCUCGGGACCCCCAGCCGGGGCUCGCUGGGCCUCAGUGACUGGAUCGGAGGCUGGAACCCAGCGCGCAUCCGCAUUCUCGGCCGUCCAGGAGAAUGCCCAGUCCGUACCCGACAACUCGGAUGCGUCGCGGACUCGCUUCAUAUUCCAAGGGCCGCCCUUUGGUCCCCGAGCCAGUGGCUUCGGGACUGGAAAGGCGAUGAGCAUCUUGCAGACACCGGCUGCCUACAUCGGCCAGCGGGCUGGGGUGUCCGGCCCCGAGCGCGCCGCCUUUAUUCGGGAGCUGGAGGAAGUACUGUGUCCUGACCUACAUCCGCCUGUCCAGAAGAUCACCCAAGAAGAGGUCAAAGUGAUGUUAAGUUUGCUGGAGGAGCUUCUCCCAUGUGUUUGGGAGACUCCAGCAGCCAGGAACUCUAUUCCCCAAUGGAUGGGGGUCCUUCUGUAGAGAGAGCGGGAUCUGAACAUGGCAGCCUGCAUUGGCCAGUCCCUGGUGAAACAAAUCAGUGUUCUGUUGGAGGAGAACAGCAAGCUGGAAGCCAUGCUGGACUCGGCCAAGGAGGAGAUUUUAUAUCUCAGACAGCAGGUGAGCCUGCGGGAUGACCUCCUUCAGCUAUACUCAGACUCUGAUGAGGAGGAGGAUGAAGAUGAAGAAGAGGAAGAGGAAGAAGAGGAAGAGGAGGAGAGGGAUGAAGAAGAAGAGCAGAGGCCUGAGCAUCCCUGUGAAGCCUCAGAGCUGACUCCUGUGACGGAGUCAGAGUCGCACCACUGCCCACAGCAGGAGGCCCUGCAGGAGCAGCUGCGGCUACUGGAGGAGGAGAAUGAGCAGCUUCGAGAGGAGGUCUCUCAACUCGACGACCUUGAGGAGGAGGAACAGAUAUUCAUCCUGGAUUGUGUGGAGCAGUUUUCGGAGGCCAGCCAGCAGAUGGCCGAGCUGUCGGAGGUGUUGGCGCUCAGGAUGGAGAACUAUGAACAGCAGCGGAAGGAGGUCACCCAGCUGCGGGUCCAGGUCAAGAAGCUGCAGCGGUGCUGCUGGUGGUAUGGGGCUGAGACUGAGAAGUUGCAGAAGCAGCUGGCUUCAGAGAAAGAAAUCCAGAUGAAGCUCCAGGGUGAGCUGCAGGACCUGCAGGAGAAGUACUCGGAGUGUGGGGACAUGCUGAUGGAAGCCCAGGAGGAGGUGAAGACCCUCCGCCAGCAGGCCCCGGCGUCCGAGGGCUCCGUCACCCACUGCACAUACACUGUGCCUCUGGAGGCACUUCCUGAUUUCCAGGAGACCCUGGCUGAGGAGCUCAGAAUGUCUAUAAGGAGGAUUAUCUCAGACCCUGUGUUUUUUAUGGAAAGGAAUUAUGAAGUGACUCCAGAGGAGACAUCAGACCUGGGAUAUGAGCCACGCCACAGAGAGGAGUGAGCACAGGAGCAGGAGCUCGAGGCUGGAGAGGGGCUGAUGCCGGCCGAGGAUUUUGUGCCUGCGGAAGAGUUGGUGCCCGAAGAGGAGCUGGGGCCCAUAGAAGCGGCAGCGCCCGCUGAGGAGGGGGUAAUAGAGGAGGCGGAGCUGGUGUCUGAAGAAGCUGAGGCCUGGGAGGACCUGGAGCUGGAGGUGGAUGAAGCAACUCAGAUGAACAUGGUAACCUCAGCCCUGGAGGCCAGCGGCUUGGGCCCCUUGCACCUGAACAUAAAGUAUGUCCUCCAGCAGCUGGCCAACUGGCAGGAUGCCCAUUUCAGGCGGCAGCUGAGGCAGAAGAUGAUCCAGAAGGGCUUUGCUGUUCCCCAGCAGCCUGCAGAGGCCCCACAGACUACCUGAGGCCCUUCCUUCUGCUGCCUGGCCAAGCCCCACUCUCCUCAGACCCUCCCUUCCCAUGCUCAGAAGCAGAACCCCUGAUCUGUCCCCAGCUCACCCCAGACAAGCCUGGACUGGAACUUGAGGGCCCAAGCCUCAAGCCUCUUCUGGGAGAGGCUGAAGGAACCGCAGCCCUUGUUCUGCAGCUGAUGCAAAAGCUGUGGCUGCCAGGCCUGGGUCACGUGGCGGCUCCCGGGGUGAAGAAGCCCAGGGGGAGGCCCCACCAGCUACCAGACCCAGCUCUGAGCUGGGGGCGGGGCUCAAGCCCUGGGCAGAGGAAUUGUUCUGAGCACCCUGCUGACUAUACACCCCUCACCCCUUGACCCCCAAAUUAAACGUGGCUCCGCUGUCCUUGGUGACUUUUAGGGACCUGGUCGUUUCCUGUUCUUGGCUCUUCUCUGUUCCUAAUUACUCUUUGUAACCAGAAGUGUCUGUGUGGGUGAGCACUCCCUCUGCCUGGUGGGGACCUCCCCACCCCUUCUCCUGUCCUCCCCACCUGUGACCUGUGAGUAUCCAGGCCCCCUCCCAAGGUCCUGUCCCCCACCCACAUCUCCUCAAUGCCCCUUGUUUCCUGUUCUAGGUGUUUUUCCCUCUCUCCCUCUUUACUUAUAGACAGUGGAGUCGGGGCCCAGGACCCCGCUGGCAUCUGUUCUGAUCCCCACAGUGCUUCUCACGCUCCUGUUACUUGUCAGUCUGUGUGCGUGCUGGUGCAGGAAAUAAAGGACCUGUGUGCUACCUGGACCUCUGGCCGUCUUUCUCA